AUGCCAAUUAUUAGAUUCUUACUGAGCGUAGCUACUAUAAAAAUUAUAAUUUUUCGUACAGAAAAAUCAGUACCUUGUUUAAGUUCGGUAGAGGUGUGGGGUAAAACUUCAAGGACUUGUUCUGCUGUAACAAGAGAUACAAUUAGUCGUAUCAUGCAAAAAUCCAAUCAAGAUGCAACUAGCAAUAUUACAAAUGCUGAAUGUAUUGACUUCAAAAUUCCAGAAGACUUUAAAGAUGAUUUGACAUAUGAAAUAAUGUCAAUUCCAAUGACACUACCUAGCGGUAAAACUAUAGAUCAAACUACCCUAGAAAAGCAUAUAAACAGUGAAAUUUCAUUCGGUAGGAAACCUUGUGACCCAUUUACAGGUGUAAAAUUUUCAAAUACCCUCAAACCUGUGUUAAAUGUUGCUCUUAAGAGUCGAAUCGACAUGUUUCUUCUACAAAACUCCCACAGAGAAGAAUUGGCUAAUGUAAAACGUACUUUAGGUGGAAGUGGACAGAUUAUGAAUUCUUUAAAUGGCUGCAAUAAAAGGAAAAGGGAGACUGUUGACGUUGACGAAUUAGAUGAACUAAUUUCAAAAACAAAACAAAGCCCCAGUUUUCUUAAUUUUUCAAGUGAAAAUAGUGACAAAAAUUUGUGUUCAAGGUGUAAAGUGGAAACUGAAACAAUGUAUGAAAUUCCAUGCAAACAUUUUUAUUGUCGAACUUGUGUCCUAAUAAUUUAUAAAGACUUAAAAUGUUUAAUUUGUGGUAAGUCUUUUAAGAAAAACGAUGUCAGAAAAUGUCAUUUGUAACGCUGUAAAGGCAUUUAUUGUAAUUGAUUUUCUAUUUUUCUCUUGUUUGAA